GGAACAAGGAACAAACAAAUUCAAAAUGAUGUUUAUUUGCUUUCGAUUUAAUAAAUUUUCGUAUGCUGAUAAACCGUGGAAUACCGCUGUUAUAACGAUAUUCGGAUUAGCUCUUCAUAUAUUAGGAUGGGGCAGUCUCAGUGAAGAUAAAACUGUUCAUGCAACACUAUCAUCGACAAUAUUGUUGCUAGCAGUUUUGUUUUUUCUGUGUCACAUUCAGUGGAUUUUAACUGAACCAAUAUCUGAAGUUGCUCAACAUGCUACUCACAUUGUGCGUACGGUGUCAUAUUGGCUGAUAUGUGACAUUAUCAUUGAUAACUUUUGGAUGCCGUAUUUCAAUUAUGUGUGCGGAUCUACUUUGCUAGCUCUUACGAUCCUAAUGAUAUCCUUACGCCUAACCGGUGUCACUGAGGAAGUGGAAAUUACGAUAUCAACGGACUCUGUACCUUCUCCACAUCCUAGUGAGUUUUUAAGCAUGCUUGAAGAUAUCUCAUACAUGUCCAUGAACAUACCUGAAUACAAACCUAUAGACAUGCUUGAUGAUAUACCUGUAGAUAUAGCAAUAGAUAAACUUCCAUAUAUAUUUGAAGAUUCACCUGUAAAUAUGUCUGCAGACGUAAUUCCGGAUAUACUCCAAGACACACCUUUAGACGAACCAUUAGACAUAUCUUUAGACGAACCUUUAGACAAACCGUUAGACACACCUUUAGAUAAACCUUUAGACAAAUCUUUGGUUGACAACAAACAAAUAUCAUUCGAAACUGAAAGAAGAGAUAACUCAUCAGUCUUAACGCAGACCGAAGAUGUUGAGAGCAUCUCAUUGGUAAUAAUUAGUUAAGGAUUAACUAAUUAUUAAUGGAAGAAACAAUAAAACAAUAAGUAUGAUCUCUUGAUGAAGAAUAGUUAUGAACUAUAUAUGCGGAGCAGUUACCUUUUAUAUAAAAUUGAUAAACAGUAACAUAUACUAAAAUGAAAUAGAGUUAUAUAUAUUAAAAGUUACUAGUGGAUAAUGCCGUAUGGGCGUUAAUGUCUUUUGCUUAUAUAUAUACGAGUAUAACCAUGAAUAAUCAAGCUGUUUAAAUUUUGCUAUUGUGCUUUUAAAGGGUCUUCAUAUUUUCAAUUGUUGGAUGAUUUUAAAAAAUAGCGGAAAAUUAACACAAAGUGAAGCAAAAUCAUGGAUUCUUACAUUGCAAGCCAUUAUGUAUCAAAAAAAUAAUUGUUUGUAUAAUGCUAUUAACUAUACAAUCAAUUCAUAAACUUCUAACCUUAUAAAAAUAAAACUAAACUUGUACAGUUACUAAACUCUUU